AUGCACAACACCAGGCAAGGGGACAUGACGGACGAGGAGGUCACCCAGUGCCUGCUGGACCUGGAGACAUGGUUCAAAUCGAAUUGUGAGGAGCUCGGGAACGUCUACGCUCAAACGCCCCCAGCCUCUGACGAUGCGAUCAAGGAGCUCGAGAGCUCUUUGGAGGGGGGGCAGAUCGACUCUGUGCUCAAGUCGCUCCUGCUGGCUCACGACGGAAACAUGCCGGUCUACUCGUCAACGACCUUGUCUGCCAAGAAGAUUCUGGAAGCAAGGUCCGAGAUCCUCAGCUCGGACAAGGGGGGAGGGGGCAUGGUCCCAUUCGCAAUCGACGGAGAGGGAGACUAUCUUGUGUUGCAUGAGAAGGGCGUUUCUACAUGGAGCAAAAGCGAGGGGUUGGGGAUGGUCGAGUCGCCAUCUCUCGCAUCCUACUUGGAGAAGUACCGUGACGAGAUGCUGCGAGGAAAAUUGGAGUACAUCGAGGGUUGUGGAGUCGUCGACGUCGUCUAG